GAUAAACAGAUCUGUUCACACCAAGUAGCAGGGCUGCCUGCGUCAAUAAAAGGCGGUAGCAGAGUCAGUGAGCUGACAUUUGGCACUUGGAGGAUUAUCGUUGCAAAAGUCGCUUCACGUUAAGCUAAGUAAAAUGCCAGGAUUUUUUUUUCCCCACAACAACAUGACUGAAUUAAAUGGAAAAGACGACUGCAAGCUUGCAGAAGGCAAAAUCCAUAAGAAGAAGCAAAAGGCUUUUGGCGCAGAUCUCAAAAAUUAUUUGAAGUGCAUGGUACCACAUAUUGAAUCUGGGAUCAAGACUUCUAACUCCAGAAGCGUCAUGCUUUCUGCAGAGGAAGUAAUACAGUGGUCUCAGUCUUUGGAAAAGCUCUUGGCCAGCCAAAGUGGUCAGGGUGUCUUUCGAGAGUUCCUGAAGUCAGAGUUCAGCGAGGAAAACAUCGAAUUCUGGUUGGCUUGUGAGGAUUACAAGAAAACCAAGUCUGAUCACUUACAUAGCAAAGCAGAGAGGAUUUAUGAGGAGUUUGUUCAGGCAGAUGCUAUUAAACAGAUCAAUAUUGACUAUCAGAUGAGGGAAGCAACAGCCAAAAAGGCUCGAGACCCAACUCACACAAGUUUUGAUGAAGCCCAGAAAACCGUGUACAUCCUCAUGGAGAGGGAUUCAUACCCCAGAUUUUUGAAAUCCAAAGCCUACCUGAACCUUUUGAACCAGUUGCAAACCAACACUUCAAAAUGAAGUGUUUGAGGCAGCGAAGAGCCAAGUAGACUGUGUCAAAUAUCCUGUGGAGAGAUUCUUCAGGGUGGUUGGAUCUCAGCAAGGAGAACCCUCAACUUGGGAGGAAGGGUACGAGGGAAAUGCAAACAGCUCCACAGCCAAGAGAAUGCAGGAUAAAAGCUGUCAAGACUGUUACAAGGGUGAGAGCAGCACUGGGAGAAAAUCCUCUCCUCCUAUACACCAUGGAGUCAAGACAGGAUAUGGAUACUAUUUAUUGCUUG